GGGGGGGCGCCAUUUUACCAUUUUACCGGGUGGGGCUGAGGCGCCUGCCCGUUCCCGGAGGGCAAGAGGGCAAGGGUGAAGCGCCUCCGCCUCUGGCUAGAUCCCGGGAGGGGCCGGGCUCCCUUCCUCUCCCUCUGCUCGGCUGCGGGUCCUCCUACCGACUUCUCCCAGCCCGGCUGGCAGGUUUAAAACCCAGUGUGCACGCGUAGAGGCAAGCUGCAGCUACCACUGAAGGUCUGUUGACUUAGAGAAGGCUCGGAAGUAUGGAGAGCCUCUGUGCAGCAAACACCACUUUUGCUGUGGAGCUGUUAAGAAAGCUGUGUGAGAGGAACAGAGGGCAGAAUGUGUUCUUUUCACCAUUUAGUAUUUCUUCUGCUUUGUCUAUGGUUCUGCUGGGUUCAAGAGGUAGCACUGAAGCCCAAAUAAGCAAGGUGCUUUCUCUGAAGAAUGCCCAGGAUGCUCACAAUGGGUAUCAGUCCCUUCUCUCUGAAAUUAAUGAUCCAAACACCAGAUACAUCCUGAGAACUGCAAACCGGCUCUAUGGAGAAAAGACCUUUGAGUUUCUUGCAUCUUUCAUAGAGUCGAGUCAGAAAUCCUACCAUGCUGGCCUGGAGCAGAUGGAUUUCCUUCAUGCUGCGGAGGAUUCCAGGAAACAAAUCAAUGGCUGGGUAGAGGAAAGGACUGAAGGUAAAAUUCAGAACCUGUUGGCAGAGGGGAUUCUCAAUUCCCUGACCAGACUUGUGUUGGUGAAUGCCAUCUAUUUCAAAGGCAACUGGGAAGAGCAGUUCAACAAACAGAGUACCAGAGAAUCCCCUUUCCAAAUCAAUAAGAAUGAAUCCAGACCUGUGCAGAUGAUGUUCAAAGAGGCAAAUUUUAACAUGACCUACAUUGGAGACUUCCAGACCAAAAUCCUGGAGCUCCCCUAUGUGGGUAAUGAACUGAGCAUGAUCAUCCUGCUCCCUGAUGCAAUCCAGGAUGAAUCCACUGGCUUGGAAAGACUGGAAAGCGAACUUACAUAUGAGAAGCUAAUAGAUUGGAUCAAUCCUGAAAUGAUGGACUCUACAAAGGUGAAGGUGUCUUUACCCAGAUUUAAACUGGAAGAAAAUUAUGAUCUGAAACCCCUUCUAAGCAGCAUGGGAAUGCCUGAUGCAUUUGACUCGGGGAAGGCAGACUUCUCAGGAAUCUCAUCUGGCAAUGAGUUGGUGCUGUCUGAGGUGGUUCACAAGUCUUUUGUGGAAGUCAAUGAAGAAGGCACUGAAGCAGCUGCUGCCACAGCUGCAGUGAUGAUGAUGCGCUGUUCAAUGAGAGUUCCGGAAUUCACUGCUGACCAUCCCUUCCUCUUCUUCAUCCGGCACAACAAAACUUCCAGCAUUCUGUUCUGUGGCCGUUUUUGCCAUCCCUAAGGAGGAGAUGUCUUGGCAGUAUAGGUGCCAUCACACAAUAAAUUUACAUUUCCCUACAUCGUAGCAACUCCUUUUGCAUUAAUUGUCUCUUUCAGCUGUGCCUGAACCCUCUUCAGUAGUCUUGCUCUGAGGCUUGGCAUGAAUAACAGAGCUGCUUAGACAAACACAGCACCUGCCAUGUCCAACCCCCUCCUUGCCUGGGAGCAGAAGUCUCCAGGUUCUUGGUCACACAUUUGUAGCUGCCCUCCCCUUUUACCUUCCAGUCUCAUCCAUUUAGUGCCUUGAUCCAUUUCAGCCGGGAGCUGAAAGGAGUUUUUGGCAGCCUGUUCCAGCUAUUGCUGAGCAUCCUGCAUAGAUGUGGGUAUUUGAUGCUAAGAAGUGGAGCAGCAUAUAGGCAAGAAUGGGAAUGAAAGUAUGCUUUUAUAGCAGAUGUCCCCGUGAGGUAUUUGUGGAGUGAGUGUCUUUCUUUCACCACCACCAGGACAGCUGGGUUUAUUGCCUGCCACCUGGUUCUGAUCCUUUAACAAAGAAUGUAACAAAAGGGCACAUGGUGUCUAUGCAAUGUUUGAAUGACAAAGCCUUGAUUUUAACUUUGUUUUGCUACUGUUCUAUGUUUAUGCUAUUAAUAUUGUCUUAGUUGCCGUAGUUUACCUGUAUCAAUAGCUUUCCUUCCAUUGGGAUGUGUUUUGUGGCUCCUGUUCCUGGAAUAAUAAAGGAAGUGCAAGCGC